CGGAAACGCCCCUACAAGUUAGAAUAAAUAGACUCGCUUUCAUUCUGCGUAUAACACUCCCUCCAUUUUCAUCCCCAAGUGACCUUCAACGCUCUUCACCACGCCUCCCCAAGUAAGGAAAAGAAAAGCGCUGCAGGCAGGGGUCGAAUACACAAUCAAGGACUCGAGAUCAACAGGCACGGGACUUGAUAGGGUUCCUGUUCAGAAGAGGGUCCGGCAGGCCCUCGAGGAUUCGGGUGGCCCGUCUCCCGCCACUCAGCAGAAGGUCGUUGAUCUUGCAACGCCAGCUACAACAGCAACGACUGCCAGUAUGGACUCCGAAGAUGACUUCAUAAGUGACGGCUCGAGUCAAGGCGAUAUACUUGAUAUGCAGGGGAGUGAUGACGAGAGCCUUGGGGACGAUUUUGGUGAUGACGAUGGCCUUGGCGGCUCCUUUUACGAUAAGGAAAUUGUCAAGCAAACCCGAAAACCCUUUGAGGUUGAGUUUAAGGUCUUGAGUCCAGAUGAUAUCAAACGGGAACAAAACGCUCAAAUAAACGAGGUUUCUUCAAUACUUGGCCUACCUCCAGAAUCAGCAGCUAUCCUGCUGCGAUUUGGCCGUUGGAACAGGGAGAAGUUAAUCGAGUCAUACAUGGAGGACCACGAUAGAAUACAGGAAGAAGCCGGUAUUGGCUCGGCCUUUUCAGGUACUCCAAAGACAGAGGUCACCCCUGGAUUCAUGUGCGAUAUUUGUUGUGAGGACGGGCCAGACAUGGAGACGUAUUCCAUGCGUUGUGGUCAUCGGUUUUGUGUUGAAUGUUAUCGCCAUUACCUUGGCCAGAAAAUUGGAGAGGAAGGAGAGGCUGCGAGAAUACAGUGUCCCCAGAGCAACUGCCAUCGCAUUGUCGACUCGAAAACGUUGGACUUGCUGGUGACAGACGAUCUACGGGACAGAUAUCAUCUUCUUCUAAUGCGGACCUAUGUGGACGACAAAGAAAACCUGAAAUGGUGUCCUGCCCCAAACUGCGAAUUUGCAAUAGACUGUCCGGUGAAGAGACGCGAGCUUAAUCGCAUCGUCCCAACCGUUCAAUGUAGUUGCAACCAUAGUUUUUGCUUCGGCUGCACCCUUAAUGACCACCAACCUCCACCCUGUUCACUUGUCAAAAAAUGGCUAAAAAAAUGUAAAGACGACUCUGAGACGGCGAACUGGAUAUCUGCCAACACCAAGGAAUGUCCAAAAUGUGCAUCCACAAUCGAGAAAAAUGGUGGCUGUAAUCAUAUGACCUGUCGAAAAUGCAAGCAUGAGUUCUGCUGGAUGUGUAUGGGACCUUGGUCUGAACAUGGGACUAGUUGGUACAACUGCAACCGCUUCGAGGAAAAGUCAGGAGCGUCAGCUCGCGAUGCACAGGCGCGUUCAAGACAAUCACUUGAACGCUACCUCCACUACUACAACCGAUACGCAAACCACGAGCAAUCUGCGAAACUGGACAAAGACCUUUACCUCAAAACCGAGAAGAAGAUGACUAGCUUGCAGUCACAAUCAGGGAUGUCGUGGAUCGAGGUUCAAUUCCUCGAUACCGCAUCACAGGCCCUUCAGCAAUGUCGACAAACCUUGAAAUGGACGUAUGCCUUUGCUUUCUACCUUGCACGCAAUAAUCUGACGGAGAUCUUCGAGGAUAAUCAGAAAGAUCUGGAAAUGGCGGUUGAAAGUCUUAGCGAGAUGUUCGAGAGACCCAUCGAUCAGCUGUCCGCGCUGAAAGUCGAUAUCCUGGACAAAACUGCUUAUUGCAACAAGAGGCGCAUGAUUCUGUUGAGUGAUACUGCGGAGAACCUGAAGAACCAGGAAUGGACCUUCACCGUUGAUUUGAACGAUUAAAUUUGUACAACUCGUUCAAAUCAAUAUCGCCAAGCCAAAUCUCGAGAUCCCGGUCGGUUUUCAUGCGUUCUAUGAAUUAGUUUAAUAUUUCGUUUUUAAUAUUUCAACUAUUCCCUUCCUCUCUUCUAUUUUCCUAAGUUCCUUCCCUUGUUUCCAUUUUUCUCCAUUUUUGUUUCUUUCCGCAUGUUUUAUUCCUAGCUUAGCUUUGAUAUUCGCAGGUAGAAAGUUAGAAAGUAUCAUUGAGGUGUGGUUCGAUGGACGGACCCUUUUUUCCUUCUUUUCUUCUUUACUCUUGACUUCAUACUUUGAUGAUGCUUCGAUGUACGCAUACGUAUGCAUAGCGCAAUUACAGAUCUUAGAAAACACGCAGAGUUAGGGUUUACUGUGGGUUGGGGAUGGGCAAAUUCUCCUUUCAUUUCGUCUUCAUGCAUGGCAUUUCAACCUGGUUUCAUUAUUUAUUUAUGCGAUAACAGCUUAAACGCACAACCAUGGCAUUCUUUAUCAUAGCGCUAUCGUCACAUCUUAUUUACCUUGCC